AUGCCUUUCGCUACAACAGCAAUAAUUCGAUGGAAUCGACCAUAUAGAUGUACCAUGCUUCUAGCCGGUUUAUUGAUUUUUAUAAGUUGUAUGACAUCAGCAGUGGUGCCUAGUCCAGGGUAUCUAUUCCUGACUCAUACACUAAUACAUGGCCUUGGAUCUACACUUAUUUUAUGUGGGACAAGUCUUGUAACAGAAGAGUAUUUUGACAGAUCUCAUCGAUUUCAUGUUUUAGCAACUGCAUUUGUUUCCGGUGGACCUUAUGGUGUACUAA